AUGGGGUUGUUCAAAGUUGAUGGCUGGGACCUAAAGACUGAAAAUGUGGCUUACUACGAUGCCAAAUCUGCCAAGGGCCAAGAGAAGAAGAAAGAGCAGAAGGAAAAACGUAAAGAGCAGAAGAAACAGCAAAAUGAAUUGAAAAAUUUGAAGCAUCAGCCUGAACCUGCUCAAGAAGAUGUUCCACAGAAGAAGAGAAAGACUAAAGAUUCUUCCAGUAGCUCUACUAGCAGUGUACCUGCUCCGAAAAUUGAGAGAAAGUUGACUCCGUUGCAACAAAAAAUGAUGGCUAAACUAACUGGAUCCAGAUUUAGGUGGAUCAAUGAACAAUUGUACACUAUAAGUUCAGAGGAUGCGCUAAAAAUGAUCAAAGAGCAACCUCAGCUAUUUGACGAAUACCAUGAUGGGUUCAAAUCACAAGUGGAAUCAUGGCCUGAAAAUCCUGUAGAUGUAUUUGUAGAAGAGAUACGUCAAAGAUCGAAAAGACCUGUCAAUGCUCCAGGUGGACUACCAGGUUUAAAAAAUAAGCAGAUUGUCAUUGCCGAUAUGGGGUGUGGAGAAGCCCAAUUGGCUCUUGAUAUUAACAAAUAUUUUGCUCAAAUUAAUAAGAGGUCUAAGCCAAAUCACCGAAAAUCCCAUGUGGUUCACAGUUUUGAUCUAAAGAAGGCCAAUGACCUAAUUACCGUGGCAGAUAUAAAAAACGUACCGUUACCGGAUAAUUCAUGUACGAUUGUCGUUUUCUGUCUAGCUCUAAUGGGGACUAACUUUCUAGAUUUUAUUAAAGAAGCCUAUAGGCUCUUAGCACCAAGAGGUGAAUUGUGGAUUGCAGAGAUUAAAUCGAGAUUUGCAGAUGGGAAAGGUGAAGAAUUCGUUGAAGCAUUAAAACUGUUAGGAUUUUUCCACAAGAAAACCGAUAAUGAAAAUAAAAUGUUUACCAGGUUUGAAUUCUUUAAACCUCCACAGGAAAUUAUCGAGGAAAGAAGGGCUAAAUUAGAAAGAAAGCAUAAAUUUAUAGAGACAGAAAAUGAAAGGGAAGCUUUAGAGGAUAAGAGACUAAAGGAAUCUGAAGGUAAAUGGUUAUUAAAACCUUGUAUCUAUAAGAGAAGGUAA